UCCCACCUCCACGUUUGAAAAGGAGGAGGGCUCUUGCUCGUCAAGAAUGCCUUAGAAGAGUUGUGAAAACAGCCAGCGCCGGGAGGGGAGUCAUGCAGUUGCGGGAUGCAGCGCUUCCCGUCGAGCCACAAGCCAGUCGGGGCAGAAGCAGGGUGCGUGUGAGCGCAGGACGGCAGAGGGGGGAGUGUGAGGACGGCAGGCUGCAGAGGACGUCUCACACACACACACACACUCACUCACACUCACUACGGAGACAACACGCCGUCUGUGGAAGAGUCAACCGUAGCGGAGGUGGAUGCAGCGAGACGGUGAUGUGCAUUUAGUCGGCCGAAGUGGACGUUUCAUCGAGAGCGCUACAGAUUCACAGUCCUCACGCUCUCUCUCUCAGAGGCGGGUGGGGGAGAGGCGGGCCGGGCAGAGGGGUGUGGGGGGUGGGGGGUUCCGACUCCUCUGCAAGUUCUCGCAGUAAGACGUUGAUUAAAGGUCGCGUGAUUUCCUUUUUUCCGACCCCGUCAUGGAUCAGCCAGCCAGCAGCUGCAUGCGCAGCGCCCACCCCGGCAGCCCCAUCUGGGGCUGCAUGAGGAACCCUCACUCGGGGGCCAACCUGCAGUCGCCGUACCAGCAGGCCCCUUUCGCCCUCCACCAGAAGCCCGACUUCCUGGCCUACACGGACUUCUCCAGCUCCUGCCUGGUGCCGACGGCGCCGCACGCCGCCUACCCGCGCGACGACAGACAGUACCAGGAGAGCCCGGGCGCCUACCAGCGGGCCGAGUGGCAGUUCAACCCUUGCGAGGCGCGGGCCAGGGCGCCCGAGGCCUGCGCGGCCGUCGUCGGGCCCGCCGUCGGCGCGGGGUCCGAGCUGGACAGCGCAGGGGGAGACAGGCUCCCGGGGGCCGGGCCGGGCUGCCUGGACGGAGACUACUCGCCUCAGAGCGCGGCGUCGGCCGACUCCGACAAGAAGGGCUCCAACAAGAGGAAGAGGGACGUCACAGACAUCCAGGACUCCAGUUUUAAGGCCGACUCCAGCUGCAAGGCCCGCAAAGAGCGCACGGCCUUCACCAAGGAGCAGCUGAGGGAGCUGGAGGCCGAGUUCACCCACCACAACUACCUGACCAGGCUGCGGCGCUACGAGAUCGCCGUUAACCUGGACCUCACAGAGAGACAGGUGAAAGUGUGGUUCCAGAACCGGCGGAUGAAGUGGAAGAGAGUGAAGGGAGGACAGUCGUCUUCGCCCAACGACCCGGAGAACGACGACGUCGACUCGGCGGCUUCACCCAGCUCUGAAUGAACGGAGAAGAAACAAGCGGGGGAGGGUGGGGAGG